AUGUGCUAUUUUUUAUUCACGCUCGCAGUACCUGUAAUCACUGCAUUUCGUAGUCAAAUGUCAUUGGCCACGUUCCAAACUCUCAUCACCUCGUCGUAUAUUAUACCCUACUACACGACAGUUGCUCCAAUUCUAAUGUGGUUCAUUAUCCGUUGGUCGAAGCGUAUGAAGGCAAUCAAGCUGAGCCAUCUCAGAGGUGGAAGAAAAUCUGAGUGUGAUGUCUAUUUUCAAGAGCUAAGCAAAAUGUGGAACCGCGCUUCAGUUCAUAGUUCGACUAACGGCGCUUCAGUUAAUAAUUUGACUUCUAUAAGCAACUGA